AUGGCAAAAAGUACAGAAGCGGAACAGUUGGAGAAGAUGAAAGCUUUGGAGACCAGGAUCAAGGCUCCAUCAAUUUGGGGGCGCGUACCGUGUGGGAUACGCUUUGAAGACCUUCAGGAUCGCAGGUACGAAGACGCAGUCAGGUUACUGAAGAAGCACUAUCUAACUGAGGAAAUUACAUAUAGAUCAGUUAAAAUAGCGGACGAUAAAGAAGGCACCGACGAGUUCAUCCACCAGGCCAGGAUCUGGAUGAAGGACAAAAUGUCGCUGGCUGCAGUCAAGGAAGGCACAGAUAAAUUAGUCGGCGUACUCAUUAUGAGAAUACAGGAAAAACAAGCUUAUUCACGCACGUUCAGCCGUGUGAAAAUCACGUACAACCCGUUGUAUUCUACGGUAGUAACGUUCAACAAUGAAGUGCAGAAGCCGGUGAAUCUCUUCGAGAAACUCGGUGUGAGACGGUAUUUCAAGAUCUACGUGCUUGCGCUCAAGGCCAGGUAUCGACAUCGGGGUGUAUCAAAGGAUAUGCUUAAAGCAGCCAUAAGUCUUAGCACAGCGGCUAAUGUACCAGCUAUAGCUGGUAUCUUCACGACAGGUCGUGGCCAACAGAUAGCAGACGAACUUGGAUUUGUUAAAUUCAACGAGAUUUAUUAUAUCAGAUAUCUAAUCGAUGACCAGAUAGUAUUUUGGGAUACCGGCCUUGGUAAUUAUGGCGCAGCGUUGAUGGGAUACAGGGUACCAUCAGUUGAAGAGCCAGAGGAGAUACAACCGCAGACGUCCUCUCGAUUCAACGUGCAAGUCGCGAAUGAGGAGGAAGAUGAAUCUUAA